AUGGGCAAAUACAGUGGCACUGUGCUGUAUAGUCCGAGUAGAACUCUGGCACAGCAUCGACGACACAUGGAAAACGGGGAGUUUUCGAAUCUCGCAAAGGAACUACCCUUAGCGAGAGCCAUAACAGGGCAACACAUUGACAAGACUACCAUGGUUCGCCUAGCGCUCUCCUACAUUAAACUGCACAAGGUGAUUCCUAGUCGGGCCAGGAGCGGAUUCGAUUACGAUCAUUGCUGGAGCAGCAAUCUUCUCGAGCUGAUGGAUUGCUUCCUUAUGGUCUUGGAUCCGAACGGCGAUGUACUGUACGUAAGCGAAACAAUUAGUAUUUAUUUGGGACUUUCUCAGGUAGAUAUGACUGGAAAUUCUAUAGCUGAAUAUAUUCACCCGGAAGACUGGUCCCAGUUCCGUUCGGUUUUCUGCUCCUGUUAUCAGAAAUGGUCAGAAAUGUGCAGUGUACGAGUGAAAUCCUCACUCACAAAAAGAGCCAAUAAAAAGGAUUCGCUACGAGCAUCGCCUGGGUUCAAGGUUCUGCGCAUGGAUUUGACGUAUUGCAACGGAUGCAGACUCGUGGUUUGCUCACCUCUGCCUUCACCAAUACUUUCGUCAAUUUCUAUCCGACUAUUUUCGUUUGUCAUAACAACUGCUGUUGAUCUUUCCAUCGUCUACAUGGACUCCAGGGCUGAAGAAUUCUUGUGCGAGUUCAACUCAUGCACGCCGAUAAGUUUCAAGGGACUUUCAUUCUACUCGUUGGUUCAUGUGGAUGACGCCGAAAUCAUUCGAAAGAUGCAUCUUGAAGUCUUCAAACUAGGAUCGUAUCGUCCACCCUUGUACCGUAUUGUUGUGCUCCAAGGACAACACCAUUCGUUCUACGUUGAAGAGUCGGUUGCUUGUAUGAAUCUACUCAUUUCAGUCAAACGUUUUUCGCUACACAUCGCAUUCGAACAAGACGAUGGUGGACUCAAUUACUAUCGUGUCUCAUUUCAUGUAACUCCUGAUGAACACACCAAAGAAUAA